CAGGGAAGCAGAGGAGAGGUCACUCCAGGGAAGCCCAGCUCCAGCUCUUCUGGCCCCAACUCCAGCAGCCCCCAAGGACUCAUGAAGGGAGACAAGCAUGAGGAGCAGGGGCUGGGCUCUGAACCCACGGCCCCCCAGCAGCCCACAGAGGAGGAGGAGGCCCUGAUCGAGUUCCACCGCUCCUACCGAGAGCUCUUUGAGUUCUUCUGCAACCACACCACCAUCCAUGGCGCCAUCCGCCUGGUGUGCUCCCAGCACAACCGCAUGAAGACGGCCUUCUGGGCUGUGCUCUGGCUCUGCACCUUCGGCAUGAUGUACUGGCAGUUCGGCCUGCUGUUCGGAGAGUACUUCAGCUACCCCGUCAGCCUCAACAUCAACCUCAACUCGGACAAGCUCGUCUUCCCUGCAGUUACCGUCUGCACCCUCAAUCCCUACAGGUACUCGAAAAUUAAAGAUGAACUGGAGGAACUGGACCGCAUCACAGAGCAGACGCUCUACGACCUGUACAAAUACAACUCCUCCAACACCCUCGUGGAACAUCCCCGCGGCCGUCGCGACCUCAGGGAGACCCUGCCGCACCCCCUGCAGCGCCUGCGGGGCCCGGCCCCGCCUCAAGAGGCCCGCAGAGCCCGCAGCGCGGCCUCCAGCGUGCGGGACAACAACCCCCAAGUGAACAGGAAGGACUGGAAGAUCGGCUUCCAACUGUGCAACCAGAACAAAUCGGACUGCUUCUACCAGACAUACUCGUCAGGGGUGGAUGCAGUGAGGGAGUGGUACCGCUUCCACUACAUCAACAUUCUUUCGCGACUGCCUGCGGACACCUCUCUAUCCCUAGAGGAGGACGAAGUGGACAACUUCAUCUUCGCCUGCCGCUUCAAUCAAGUCUCCUGCAACCAGGCGAAUUACUCUCACUUCCACCACCCGAUGUAUGGGAACUGCUACACUUUCAAUGACAAGAACAACUCCAACCUCUGGAUGUCUUCUAUGCCUGGGAUCAACAAUGGUCUGUCCCUGACGCUGCGCACAGAGCAGAAUGACUUCAUCCCCCUGCUGUCCACAGUGACCGGGGCCAGGGUAAUGGUCCACGGGCAGGAUGAGCCUGCCUUUAUGGAUGAUGGCGGCUUUAACUUGCGGCCUGGUGUGGAGACCUCCAUCAGCAUGAGGAAGGAAGCCCUGGACAGACUUGGGGGCAACUAUGGUGACUGCACCAAGAAUGGCAGCGACAUCCCUGUCCAGAACCUUUACCAGUCCAAGUAUACACAGCAGGUGUGCAUUCACUCCUGCUUCCAGGAGAGCAUGAUCAAGGAGUGUGGCUGUGCCUACAUCUUCUAUCCGCGGCCCCUGGGUGUGGAGUUCUGUGACUACAGGAAGCAUAAUUCCUGGGGCUACUGUUACUAUAAGCUCCAGGAUGCCUUCUCGUCAGACCGCCUGGGCUGUUUCACCAAGUGCCGGAAGCCAUGCAGUGUGACCAGCUACCAGCUCUCUGCCGGUUAUUCACGAUGGCCCUCAGUCACAUCCCAGGACUGGAUCUUCCGGAUGCUCUCCCUACAGAACAAUUACACCAUCAACAACAAAAGAAAUGGAGUUGCCAAACUCAACAUCUUCUUCGAGGAGCUAAACUACAAAACCAGUUCUGAGUCUCCCUCUGUCACGAUGGUCACCCUUCUGUCCAACCUGGGCAGCCAGUGGAGCCUGUGGUUCGGCUCCUCGGUGCUGUCGGUGGUGGAGAUGGCCGAGCUCAUCUUUGACCUCGUGGUCAUCACAUGCCUCAUGCUGCUCCGGAGGUUCCGAAGCCGAUACUGGUCUCCAGGGCGAGGGCGCAGGGGUGCCCAGGAGGUGGCCUCCACUCCAGCUUCCUCCCUCCCCUCCCAUUUCUGCCCAUACCCUGCAUCCCCCUCCUCAUCCCCACCAGGCCCUGCUGCCUCCUCGGCCUUGACAGCCCCUCCACCUGCCUAUGCCACCCUGAGCCCCUGCCCAUCUCGUUCCGGCUCGGUGGGGUCCAGCUCCACUGCCUGUACUCCCAGGGAGCCCUGAGGGGGAAGGAGAAUGUCCCCCUGGAAGGCAGGCGCUUCCCCUGUGGGAGGCGACCAGCCUUGACAGGAUUAAAGAAUGUCUUGGGCCUCCUCUCAGAGCUGCCCAACUGCCUUUGGUCUGGGGGAGGGAAGCAGGAUGAUGAGGGGCCACAGAAAUUGCCUGGAGAACAGGGCCCAAGGAAGCUGCCCAGAAUUGACCUGGCUCCUGCCCUGUAGCCCCUGGUCCUGCCUCUAGAACACUCUGGUUUCCCCUCCCAAGUGCAGACAAGAAAAGUCUCCUUUUCCCUUGGAUCAGCCAAGCCAAACUUGGACCUUUGACAAGGAACUUUCCUAGGAAACAACUGAUGAUUAGAACAAAACAAACAAGGGCACACAAAGGCAUGCGCAGGUCUCCUACCCAGAGAGGACUGAAGCCAGCCCCACACUGGCCUGGCCACACUGCUUUCCAGUGACACAGACAUGUGCUCCUUUUCUUGAACUUGGGUGGGGAACCCCACCUGAAAGCCCCCUUGGUUAGUUCUUGGGCAGUUCUCCCUCCCUGACACCCCAGGGCAGGGGCUGGAGCAGAGCAAUGUAGUAAAGGCUUGGCCAUUCCCGGUCGGCCCCAGGACUCUUCUAGCCUCAUCUACCCCAUGCCCGCACAGAGCCACACCCCAGUGCCUCUGCCCUGUGUCUUUCAUGCUUCUGCAUAUUUGCUCAAACUAUUUCCUCAGCUGGAAGUUUCCCCUACCAUCUGCUGGAGAACUCCUAUGCAUCCCUUAGAACCCUGAUCAGACACCACUACUCCUUUGAAAGCUUCUGCCCCAUCCUGUCUUCUCCGGAAUUGAUCACUCCCUUCUCCUCUGGGCUCAUGUAGCACACCAUAACAUCUACUGGAGUGUUGAUGUUGCAUUACACUUUCUUGUUCAUUUGUGUCUGCCUCCUCAACUAGACUGUGAGCUCCUUGUAGUCAGGGACUGAGUCUUGUUCAUUUAUGUAUCCUCAGGGUCUAGCCCAGUGUCCUGCUUGGAGCAAGUAGGCAGGUAUUCAAUAAAUGUUUUUUGCAU